GCCCGAUGUCCGCAGCAGGUGUGAAGGCCGGGCGGGCAGCGGCCUCCGAGAUGAAGGUCUGCACCCGGGACCCGGGGACACCGGUGCGCACGCGGGGUUGAGCCGCGCCGCCCUGUGGCCACGGCUUCCCGCUCCGGGAACAUGACCACAGCCCAGAACGGCCACGGGCGAGUGGCCGCCAUCCCCUGCUCGGCCUCGGAUCCCGCGGACCCCAGCGCGGUGACCUACCCGGCCUGUCAGAACGGGGGAUGCAGCGGCGGCGACUGCGAAGCCCAGGACGCCAGGUCGGGCCCCGCCAAGUUCGUGCGCCUCUUCUCGGUGAGCCGGAGGCGGGCGGGCGCCCACGCCGAGCGGCCUCGCUCCGUGGUCCUGAUGGGGCACUCUUCCACCUGGAACGCCCUGGCCUCCUUCCGCAAGAUGGGCUCCUUUAAAAAGCUGAGGUCCUCCGUCUUCCAAGGAAUUCAAAACAGAGAGGGGUGCGAUGCCCCCAAGGCGGAGGCCUCGGAGUCUGACGCGGGCCCGGCCCUCCCCAACGGCGCAGCCGUGGCCCUCCCCGCGGGCGGCGGGCGCGGGGCCUCGGGAGCCACGGGCGGGCCGCCCCAGCCCCAGCCCCAGCCCGGGCCCGCGUCCGACGGCUCGGAGCCCGAGGAGGCGGACGACGCCUUCCAGAGGAGCACGCACCGCUCCCGCAGCCUGCGCCGCGCCUACGGCCUGGGCCGCAUCAGCCUCCGGGACGCCGAGCCGCUGGGCCCGCCCGAGCCCCCGGGCCCCCCGGAGCUCCCGGGGUGCGCCGUCCCCGUGCAGGACGCGGAGCACAACGGCGUCGCCUAUCGAAGGAGCAAGAGCACCGACAACCUCAACUUCCUUAGGAAGAGCUCCUUCAAGCGGAAGUCCGCCUCCAACCUCUCCGACCUGCGCACGCCCGAGCGCCCCGCGCCCCGCCGGACGCUCAGCAGCUGCUCUGCAGACUCCGAGAAGCUCGGCGGGUCCGGGUCUGAGCGGAGGACCAAACGCUGGAAGAGCCCCAUCCGGGCCAAGGACUGGGACCGGGUGCUCAGGCUGGUGAGCAGCGCCACUGACGCCGCCUGGAAGCGAGAGCAGCGGCCCAAGGGCGAGGCGCCCUGCCCCGGCGAUGCCGCCCCGCGGCCCGGGCCCCGCAGCCGCCUGCACGACGAUUACUCGCGCCGGGCGUCCAGCGGCGCGGAGCCCGAGGCCAGGAGGCCCGGCCCGGCCCCGGACUUCGGCCCAGCGGGGCCGCAGGGCGCCCACGUGGACGUGGAAACCGCGGUGUUUCCUCUCGAGGCCCAGAGCGGAGCACGCGAAGACUCCCCGGAACCCAAACCUGGCGGCCAGUUUACACUGGGACCCGAGCAGUCUCUGACACCCCUGAGGCCCACCGCUCCCAAGCCCCCCAGCCCGCAGAGCCCCGGCACAGGGAAGGACCCCAACAGCCUCAGCGCACUGUCCCUGAGUUCAGCGGACAGUAACAGCAACGAAAGGGCGGAAGGUGCCGGGCCCUUCCCAGAUUCGGUGCGAGACGCGUGUGACAAAGGCGGUGAGGACAGCGGGUCCAGAAGCCACCCUCAGCUGAGCCUUGGCGAGGCCCAGGGGCCAGAGGAGAAGGACGAGGAGGUUUUUACUGAGGAAUCCUGGAGGCGGGGCUCAUCCCUGGAGGAAGAUGGGAAGGAGGCUCAGAGGACCCCCAGGAGGCGAUGGGGCUCUGGGAGGAGGUCCCGGCCUCGACCGCUCUCAGACUAUGGCCAGUUUGCCUGCCGAAGUUUGUCUAUUCCUGAAGACUCAAUUGCUGUGGACCCCCAGAAGGAGGACAUUGUGGACAGUGACCACCAGCUGAGCAUGGCCUCCACGGUCCCCGCAGACCAGAAUGCAGCCACGGGCUGCCCCAAAGGAUGCCAGAGAAGGCGCCCCAUCUCCGUGAUAGGCGGGGUCAGCUUUUAUGGGAACAGCCAGACAGAAGCAAUAGAGACUCUUCUAACCCAACCAGCAGCCAGGCCGCCUGUGCCAGCUCACCAGGUGCCACCCUACAAAGCGAUUUCGGCCCGGUUCCGGCCGUUCACAUUUUCCCAGAGCACCCCCAUUGGGCUGGACCGCGUGGGACGGCGGCGGCAGAUGCGAGCAUCCAAUAUUUCUUCAGAUGGCGGUACUGAGUCCUGUGCCUUAGUGGACGACAACGGCAGCGAGGAGGACUACAGCUAUGAAGACCUCUGUCAGGCCAACCCCAGAUACCUGCAGCCUGGCGGGGAGCAGCUGGCCAUCAACGAGCUGAUCAGUGAUGGCAGUGUGGUCUGUGCAGAAGCUUUGUGGGACCACGUGACCAUGGAUGACCAGGAACUGGGCUUCAAGGCAGGAGAUGUCAUCCAGGUUCUGGAAGCCUCUAACAAGGACUGGUGGUGGGGCCGGAAUGAGGAGAAGGAAGCCUGGUUCCCGGCAAGCUUUGUCAGGUUGCGUGUCAACCAGGAAGAGCUGUCGGAGAAUUCCAGCAGCACACAGGGCGAGGAGCAGCAGGAGGAUGCCGGCAAGACCCGCCACAAACACGCUGAGAGCAAGCAGCAGAUGCGGACCAACGUCAUCCAGGAGAUCAUGAACACUGAGCGGGUGUACAUCAAGCACCUCAAGGACAUCUGUGAGGGCUAUAUUCGACAGUGUCGCAAGCACACGGGAAUGUUCACUGUUGCACAGCUAGCCACCAUUUUUGGAAACAUUGAAGAUAUUUAUAAAUUCCAAAGAAAGUUCCUGAAAGACCUUGAGAAACAGUACAAUAAAGAGGAGCCUCAUUUAAGUGAAAUAGGAUCCUGCUUUCUUCAACAUCAAGAGGGCUUCGCCAUCUAUUCCGAGUACUGUAACAACCACCCGGGGGCCUGCGCAGAGCUGUCCAGCCUGAUGAAGCAGAGCAGGUACCGGCACUUCUUCGAGGCCUGCCGCCUGCUGCAGCAGAUGAUUGACAUCGCCAUUGACGGCUUCCUGCUCACACCCGUGCAGAAGAUCUGCAAGUACCCCCUGCAGCUGGCUGAGCUGCUCAAGUACACCACGCAGGAGCACAGUGAUUACAAUAAUAUAAAGGCAGCCUACGAGGCCAUGAAGAACGUAGCCUGUUUGAUCAAUGAGCGCAAACGCAAGCUGGAGAGUAUAGACAAGAUAGCACGUUGGCAAGUAUCCAUCGUAGGCUGGGAGGGACAGGACAUUUUAGACCGAAGUUCCGAACUGAUCCAUUCUGGGGAGCUGACCAGAAUCACUAAGCAAGGCAAGAGCCAGCAGCGGACAUUCUUUCUGUUUGACCACCAGCUCGUGUCCUGCAAGAAGGACCUGCUGCGCAGGGACAUGCUCUAUUACAGGGGCCGCACGGACAUGGAUGACAUGGAGCUCGUGGACCUAGAGGAUGGGCGGGACAAGGACUGGAACCUCAGCGUGAAAAACGCCUUCAAGCUCGUCAGCAAAACCACUGACGAGGCUCAUCUGUUCUGUGCCAAGAAACAGGAAGACAAGGCCAGGUGGCUGCAGGCGUGGGCGGAUGAACGGAGACGGGUGCAGGAGGACCGGGAAAUGGGAAUGGAAAUUUCCGAAAAUCAGAAGAAACUUGCCAUGUUAAAUGCUCAAAAGACAGGACAUGGAAAGUCAAAAGGCUAUAAUGGAUGCCCCGCGCCCCCCCCACACCAGAGCUUGCACCCCAUGCACCAGCGCCACGUCACGGUGCCCACCAGCGUCCCGCAGCAGCAGGUGUUUGCCCUGGCAGAACCCAAGCGGAAGCCGUCGCCGUUCUGGCACACCUUCACCAAACUCACCCCUUUCAAGAAAUGAGCGCGGGAGCCGCACGUCGGCUGGCUGUGGCCGCGAAGAGGACCAUUCUGUUCUUCUGUGCUCGGUCCAAGGGCAGCCUGCUGGACCCAGCGCUCUUUUUUGGGGCUGAAUAAAGAAGAGAAGGACCUGGACUCGCCUUCCGGCUCAGAGACACAGCUGCUGCGUGGAAGGCGGAGAAGGUGAGGAAGCUCCCCGGGACCCAGCGGCUUCUGUGACUUGUGCCGAGGUGGCCCGGACUGAGGAACUGGCGACGUGCUCUGAAGCGAGUGCUGAGCAGUGACGCUGCCAGCCCCGCUGGUGACGAGUGCCCGUGCGGCAGCCUAGGUCCAGGUGCUGCCAGGACAGGAUGGCUGGGCGCUUUUGCAUUCGGGUUGAAGGGAAUGGUCGUCCUGGUUGGGGCGGCACUGGCCCGGUAAUCUGUUCCUCUCUUCCUUAGUGUUAGGGGACUUAGAGCAGAAGUGUCCCCUGGUGUCAUCUGAGCCCACACCGUGGCCACAUGGUAAUUAGCAGCUUCAUCUUGUAGGCUCCUCCCACACAGGCUGGUGGGGAACGCAGGCUGGGCCUGUCUGGAAGCAGGGAGACCUCCAGUGCAGUAACUUCGCCUCCUAGGGGGAGGCUGCUUCCAGGGAGGGAGGAGGGAGGCGGGAAAUCCUGUGGCAGGCUAGAUGGCACUAGACAGAUCCUUCUCUAGUCAGGCACUCUCCCACCACCCUGGUAACUCCAGGAGCAGAGCCUGGUCUGCUGGUUCCUAACCUAAAAACUAUUCAAACACAGCCGUUUGCAAUAUAAAAACCCAUUCACUUCAGUUUCAGGAUAAAGUGAAUAUGCAAAUGCACUGAUUGAAAGGCAUUCUCAUUCAAUCAGUUGUUCCUGGCGCCUUCACCAAUGAAGUUAUAAUGACAUUGACAUCCCCUGAGAAGCUUGAGCUUCAAAGCAGCCCAUCAGCUCCAUGAGGAGCCCACUUGGUUACAUUAAUCCAAACAGCAUGCCAACCAUGCCAUUAUUAGCAUGUCAGCGGUUCCUGAAGGUUCAAAAGAGGCUGGAGCAGAAUAUAUCUAGACGCAGAGAUAGCAGCCUUCCUUUAAGGAGAGCCACAUGGCAACAGUUUUCUCCUAGUCUUUGUUUAUAUUGUAAAUUUUGAUGAAAAAAGAGCUUUAGAAUGUGUCUGGAGAAGACAGGCUCUGCGAUGCCAUUGUAAUUUACUUCGUGCACUGGAUGGGCGGGAGGGUAUUGUAUGACUCAAUUUGUGUUUUUCUAUUUGAAAAUCUCCAUUUUGUAUGCUACUCUUGGAACGUUUGUUUUUCUACUAGGCCCAUGCUUAAGAAUAAACAAACCUGUACUGUCGAUCACAGAGGCGUAGUCUGAGUCUCUGGGAGUGUGUAUCCCUCCCCCCCCCUCCCCCAUACACACACACCCACACACCCAGAGCUCUUCCCGAAGGAGAUGAUGACCUGCAACAAGAAGAGGCAAUCUUGGACCUCUCUGUGAGGCUUAGAGCAGCAUUAUGUGAUGGUCAGGAAAUCUUACCGGGCUUUUUUUUGUUUUCUUUUAAUCUUUUAUGAGCUGUUUUAUUUAUUUUAUUUUUUUCAUU